AUGCCAGUUCCAGAUGAAACCGAUACAAGCUUCUCUCAAAUGGAGGCAGACGAUUUUGCAGAACCUACAGCUUCAAGUUCACCAACAGAUCCAUUUCUUGAUUUUAGCAGCAUUUCAGAGCAACAGCAUGUGAGCACAACGUUGCCACAAUACUUUAAACGGGCCGAUAAGAAGCCCGAGCCGGUGGCGGCAGACACUAACUUGGACGACACCGCAACAGCGGCAGACGAUCUGGGCCCUGGAGACGAUACAUUAGAUGAGAUUCCAUCUGACGUUGAAAACAUUGAUAAUGUGCCAUCACCAAUGACACGCACGCCAGGCGAGUACCGGACAUUAUCACUUGGAGACGCGUCUGGACUACAAGUGAGGUCGAUAGACCAACGGUUCCAAACACGACUAAGCUCGCUUUCAUCUGUACGCAGUGUUUCGUCGUCUUCGUCAUCUUUGCGCAGUAACAGACUGCUUUCCGGGAGAGCAUUGACAACUAGCGAAGACGAAUUGUUUCUUGGAGACGAGGACAAGCGACCAUGGGAGACAGUGCGGUGGAGCAAGCUACGAAAGAUUUCAAGUCAGAUUUUCAGUGAGUCAGCACAGCGGGCCUACGGCAAGCCUACAUGUAUAAUUGCAGCGGCACGCAUUGUGCUGGGCAUGUCUCACGGGCAUGUGCUUGUGUUUGAUUACCACCAAACACUCACGGCUGUAAUUGGCAGCAAGACCAAGGCUGUAGAGUGUGGGCCCGUGACAGCACUUGCAGUUUCGGCCGAUUUUAGUUAUUUGGCGAGCGGGUACUCGUCAGGCCACAUUUUUACGUGGGAGCUUGCAAAGCCUUCUGGGCCGAAUAUUCAUAUUUCUCCGUUAAAUAAGAGCCUGCUACUCAAGGCGAAGCAUGCAGACGGGCAUUUGGAAAAUUCGGAAGUGAUUUACUUGAAUUUUAUAGGCAAGCGACACUCUGCACUUGUUUCUGGCGAUGUUACCGGGAUGGCGUUUUCGCAUGAUACUGUGCGCUCUAUGGUUGGGCGGACAGUUAUUACUCGACGAAUCAUGGGGAGGUACCCUGGGAGUGUUUUAGGGGCUACAAAAAGAAAGCCUACAGCAUUACUUGCGUGUUCUCCUCUGCCACUGGGCAAUGUUAUUCAACCUACAGACAAGUGCUGUCUUGUUGCAAUCAUGACACCGUAUUUGCUUGCCAUUGUGUCUGUUCUUCCAACGCCACGAACGGAGUUUAAAACUGGGCGGCCCAAAAGUGUUUCGAAUGACAUUGGGCUGUCUGGGUGUGUUGCAUGGCUGCCAGCUUUAAAGGGUACGGCUGGUGUAGCUAGUGAGACCAACACGAGGCUUGCGUACUCUUGGGGGAACGUUUUAACAAUUAUGGAGAUUGUUGCUACGGCUGGAGUUAAGAAGAAUGAGGUUGGGCUAAAGUUCAAUUUCCAAAAGCGAUACGUUGGGGAUGAGGCCAUUGUGUCUAUUCAGUGGAUCAGCCGGCAGGUGCUUGGGCUUGUGACGUCGACGCAACGAUUUCUUUUUUUGAAUGAGGAGACCAUGAAGGUUUCUGCGACGGUUGAUUUGCUGAGCAAGCACCUGAUGCAUACUGAUUAUUUUUCCGAUAUUCUCAAGGACUUGACUGUUGUUGAUUCUGAGACUGGAGAUGUAAGGCCUGUUGUUGUUUGUGAUGGGUAUUUUAACAGUGUGCGUGGGUUUAAGGGGAAGAUAUUUUUGCUUGGCAAGUAUGAGCUUGUUGCAGGGACGGUAUCGAACUGGGCUGACCGGUUGCUAGACACUAUGGAACUUGGAGACUACAUUGGAGCGAUUGACUUGGCUACAAGUUAUUAUUUGGGGACUCAAGAUUUGGCGAUUGUGGGGCUACCUCAGGAUGAUGAGGAGCGGCAUGCGAUUGUGAUUAAGAAUUUACCUGGGAUGAUGAUUGCGUCUAUCAAGUAUACGUUCAAUGGGUCUGGGCAUGGAGAGAAUGUGGGAGGGGUUUCAUGGGAGGAAUUUGUUGGAGAGCUGUGUGAGGUGACUCUUGAGGCUUGGAUAGCAAUUGGCAAGCCUGGAGAGUUACUUGAGCAAGUGUUUGAUGAGUUUGAGGAACACCAUUAUGGGCGAAUAUUUUUUGAGACAUUAACACGACAAAUUUCGAGCGGCCGGGUGACACAGCUACCACCGACUGUAUUUCGGGAGCUUGUGAAGACACAUGUUGGAGAUCCUGAGCUUGCAGAGCGGCUUGAAGAGGUGAUUUGUUCGCUUGAUAUCCGGACGUUAGAUGUUGAUGCAGCAGUUACACUUGCACGACAGCACCAUUUGAAGGAUACUUUGAUUUACAUUUGGAAUCAUGCAUUAGGAGACUACGUGACACCACUUGUUGAGUUUAUUGAGACGAUUACAAGACGUGGUGGAGAUGGACACUUGAGUGAGGCUGAGAAGGUGUACCCAUACUUGUCAUAUAUUUUGUCUGGAAGAGUAUACCCUACAGGGCUUUCUUUUGAAGAUGAGCGGGUUGCAUUUCGGGCCAAGUCUUAUGUUUAUUAUUUUUUGUUUGCUAGCAGCAACAUUGCAUGGCCACAGGGAGGUCCUGUAAUUUAUACGAGUGAUUCUGGGGUGGAUGAGCCUGUUUAUCCUUAUCUUACGGUGUUGUUACGGUUUAAUACAGCUGCGUUUUUCGCUGCAUUGAAUGAAGCGUUUGAAGAUCCAUUUUUAAAUGAGGAGGGGAGUGGUAGUGGUAGUGGUAGUGGUAGUGGUGGUAGUGAUAAUAGCGGAGGAGGGGUUAUUGCUAUUGAUGGUGGAGAUGAGGCGGAGACGUUUGGAGCUACAGUGAACCGGCAGUUGAUUGUCAACAUUUUGCUUGAGGUUUUUGGCAACCAUGGGGAACUACAAGAGCACCGGAUAUUUUUCAACAUUUUCCUUGCCCGCAACUAUCCCAAGUAUACACAAUUUAUUAUACUGCCUGGUCAGGUAUUGACACGGGUAGUUGAGGAAGUGUGCAAUUGUGGAGAUCCAGAGUUGAAGGAUGAAUGCGAGCUAAGUUUGGAGUCGUUAUUGUCCAAGUAUAAGCCGUAUGAUCUUGAGAGGGUGAUUGGGAUGUUGGAAGAGGUGAGGUUUUAUGGUGUUUUACAGUAUGUGUUUCGUGGGGAGCGUCGGUAUAGCAAAUUAUUGGAGACUGCUGUACGUGCGUUUAAGGAGAAUAAUAGAAGUGUGAAUGUGAAUGUGGAUGGUGAUGAUGGUGAUGAGAAAAAGAAGAAAAUGCUGGAUGUUUUAGGAGAGUGUUUAAGGAAUACCAGAGAACGGGGGAAUGCUGUUAUUGAGAAGGAACGGGUUGCAGUUGAAGGGUUGAUUCGGGAAAACUUUGGGUUGUUUGUCGGGCUGAAUGCUCGGCGGGUUGUUCGGUUAUUGUCAAUGAAUGGUGCUGGGGGGUUGCAUGAUGAAGUAUUUAAGCUUGGAAAGGAUAAGAAGAAUCUUCAAUUUGAUUAUUUGGAUGCAUUGUUUAGUGUUGGGAGGUUAGGUGGGACCAAAUUACCUGGGAAGAAGUUUCGGCAUUUAUAUGUUGAGCUUCUUUGUGAGCGUGGAGAGAUUGAGAAAUUGUUUGAAGUUUUUAAGAGUCAGUUGACAGGUGCUGAGGAUGUUGAUUUAGAUGUUGUUGGUGAUGCAUUGGAGAGAGCAGGAGCAGUUGAUAGCUUGGUUUUAUUAUUGCAACGUCAGGGGAAGCCAAGGGAGGCAUUGGAGAGCGUUGUGAGUAAAGUACGGGAGGUUGUUGCAGAUGGGGAGGAUGCAACACGAUUUGUUGAUUUAGGAGUUGAGGUUUGUUUUCAUGGAGGUCGGGGGAGUUUUGGGGAAGGAUUAUGGAUUAAGUUGAUUGAUGGGAUUGUUGAGUUGAGAGAGCAGCAUAAGGAUGCAGGGCCAUUGUUGCAGAAGGUUUUAUCAGCGUUGUUGGAUAGGGGUGGAGAUAAUGGGACGAUUGUUAGGAUAUGCAGUGGAUUAUUGCAAGAUAAGGUUGAAGGAGAAAAUGGUGAUGGUUAUGGUGAUGAUAAUGGAAGGGUAGUUAAAACUUUGUCAUCUUUAUCUUCGAAAAGGACUGUUGGAGCUGUGCGUCCUAUUUUGAGUGAGUUAUUUGCAGCUUAUCGAUAUCAGGAGCGAGUUGUGACAAUUGCUCGACGGCUUCUUGAUGGGGAUGCAUAUGAGCGAUUACAAGAACUUGUUAGUGCACGGCGACAAGGAUGGCGAGUUGCAGCCUCUGGUGAGUGUGAGGGAUGUGGGCGAGCGGUUGUUGGGUUAGGGGUUGAUGCAGCUUGGGUUUAUUUUGAGUGGGAGAUGAGGACCAAGGGAGAGCUUGCACGGGCGGCUGUUGCGCGGGUAGAGGCAGCAGCGCGUGGGAAGGCUGGGAGUGGUCCAGAUGGGGCUGCAGUUGUUGCAAGGCAGGCGCGAGCGUUGCGCAAGGGGAAGGGGAAGGGUAAGGGUAAUGGUAAUGGGGGUAGCAAUAAUAAUGGAAAUGGAAAUGGAAGUAGUUGUGGUUGUGGGAAUGAAAGUGUUGAGCAGACGGCUAAAUGGCGGGCGAUAGCGGCCGGACGGAGCGCAGGAGAGGAUGGAAGGGUUGUUGUUGUUUUUCGGUGUGGCCACGCAUAUCAUUUGGGAUGUUUGAGGAAUCUUGGGGUUGUUGGUCAAGGGUUGAAGUGUGUCAUUGAUGGGUGA